CUCGGGCCCGAAGCGGCCGGAUGGGCGAGUCGGGCACCAUGGCUCGAGCCGCGACGGCGGCGGCGGCGGCGGCCGGAGGCGGCGGCGCCUCCUCCUCCUCCUCGCCCCGGCGGUGAUCGGAGCGAGCGGCCGCGGUCCCCCCCGAUGAGACUGCUGGCGUCCUGGCUGUGCCUGAGCCUGGCGUCGGUGUGGCUGGCGCGGAGGAUGUGGACGCUGCGGAGCCCGCUCAGCCGCUCACUCUACGUGAACAUGACGAGCGGCCCCGGCGGGCCGGCGGCGGCGGGCGGCCGGAAGGAGACGCACCAGUGGUAUGUGUGUAACAGAGAGAAGUUAUGUGAAUCACUCCAGGCCGUCUUUGUUCAGAGUUACCUCGAUCAAGGGACACAGAUCUUCCUCAACAACAGCAUUGAGAAAUCCGGCUGGCUGUUCAUCCAGUUGUAUCAUUCUUUCGUGUCGUCUGUUUUUAGCCUGUUUAUGUCUAGAACGUCUAUCAAUGGGUUGCUAGGAAGAGGAUCAAUGUUUGUGUUUUCACCAGAUCAGUUUCAGAGACUACUUAAAAUUAAUCCAGAUUGGAAAACCCACAGACUGCUUGACUUAGGUGCUGGUGAUGGAGAAGUCACAAAAAUCAUGAGUCCUCAUUUUGAAGAAAUCUAUGCCACCGAGCUUUCAGAAACCAUGAUCUGGCAGCUGCAGAAGAAGAAAUACAGAGUGCUUGGUAUAAAUGAAUGGCAGAAUACAGGCUUCCAGUAUGACGUCAUCAGCUGCUUGAAUUUGCUGGACCGCUGCGAUCAGCCCCUGACUCUGUUAAAAGAUAUCCGAAGUGUCUUGGAGCCAACUAGAGGCAGGGUCAUCCUGGCCCUGGUUCUGCCCUUUCAUCCUUACGUGGAGAACGUAGGUGGCAAGUGGGAGAAACCAUCAGAAAUUUUGGAAAUCAAGGGACAGAAUUGGGAGGAACAAGUGAACAGCCUGCCCGAAGUGUUCAGAAGAGCUGGCUUUGUCAUUGAAGCUUUCACCAGACUGCCCUACCUGUGUGAGGGCGACAUGUACAAUGACUACUACGUGCUGGACGACGCCGUCUUUGUCCUCAAGCCCGUGUGACCACGCGAUGCUGAGGUCUGCCGUGUGCACCCUCCGGAAGACGGGCUGCACUCCUGGAAGCCGCCGUCGGGUGCUGCCGUUCUCAAUACCAUGUAGGAAUUUUAAAAGCCAAAAUACUAAUUAUUUCUUUGUAGUGUGUAAAAGAAAUGUUUUUU